UGAGCUGAGGUGGUCGAUGCUAGGACUGGCUGAGCCCUAUUACCGUGUCUGUGAAAAUUCUGGGACUCUUGCAGUGAAGUUGACUAGAACGGGGAGCAGUAGAGAUCUGGCUUUUGUUGGUAUAAAGGUACAGGAGAUCUCGGCCAGGCUGGGAAUGGAUUCCACGCAUAGCAGCGCAAGUCUUGUCCAGUUUGAUCCAGGUGUUUCCACAAAACUCUGGAAUAUUUACUUGAAGAAUGACGGUUUGGAAGAAAAUAACGAAUUCCUUAAAAUAUUACUGAAGACGCCGAAGAAUGCGGUACUGGGAAGGAACAGCGAGGCCACGGUGGAAAUCAUGGAUCCAAGAGGAGGUCAAUGCAGAGCCCGAAAUGUGAACACAAGAGAGGUGUCCUUACACGCAGGACACGUCGGCAGCCCCGCAAGGCAGCACCUCAGCAAUGACAGGGAGAAAUCUUCCUACGACGCUGGAAUUUCAUCUCCAAAGAUCACCCAGAUCCUCCUGCCCAACACGCGUGCAUCCGAGCAUUCCAGAAGCCAUCUUAAUCAUUCCGGCCUGGACUCCGGCAGCGAGCUACCCUCACGUCGCCCAGGGCAACAGCUACAUCUCCCUGGAAGCAGCGUUCUCGUACGUUCAUUUAACUUUCUUAAAAGAAAAAAAGGAAGAAAAAAAAAAGCAUUAAUAACUCUAGGAAUAAAUGAGAAGUAUCACGGGAUCAUCCCAAUGAGCGGACCUCAACCGACCAAUAGGAGAGGAGAUGUCUGGCUGGUUGGCGCUGGGCCAAGUCUUUCUCAAGAUCCUGAGGAGCGCCCCCUGCAGGACUCUGCUCCACUGGACUCUGUGCACAAGUCAAGUAAUGAGACACAGCAGAUACGGGCUUGAGCUGAGGUGGUCGAUGCUAGGACUGGCUGAGCCCUAUUACCGUGUCUGUGAAAAUUCUGGGACUCUUGCAGUGAAGUUGACUA